AUGUGGAAUAGAGAUGUGGAGGUGAUGCAAGGUUUAAAUGCAGGGAAACCGGUUCUGAAAACAGAGGUGAAUUCAUUGCCUUGUGUUUGGGUGAAUGAGCUGAUGACAGGUGAUGGCAGAGCUUGGAAUAGAGAAUUGAUUCAAAAUCUACUUACUGAAGCAUCAUGUAAAGCCAUCCUUGAAAUUAAAGGUUUGGAUCCUGCUGCAAGAGACAAAUGGGUGUGGACAUCUGAUGUUAAAGCUUAUGCAGUAGCAGUGAAGAAGAAGAUCUUGAGUCUUGAUAUGCCAGGGUGUAGUUCUAAUAUUAAUGUUGAUAAGAAGGCUAGAAUGAGGUGUUGGAAUCUGAGGGUGAAAGUGUGUGGUUUGGUUGUCGGGGCUAGGUUCUUAGGUUCAGUGGCCCCGUCCACCGUCGGAGUGGAUCUCCUUUGGUUUGUUUCGGUUUCACCCAUCCACUUGGUGGGUCCCACCACAAACAAAACCACUCUAUCUCAUACGCACACACCCCAAAAACACACACUCACACAAACCAAAACACACACCACGCACGCAGAAGAGCUCGACAUUUAUCUUCCUCAUCUGGCCGCCGUCCACAAUCGCCGUCACCGUCAAUUUUAUCAUCGGCCGCCGUCCUCCCUAACCCCGCCGUCAGUCGUACAUCAUCAAGCUGUGGGGGCGUCCAGUAACCCGUCGCUACCGCCCACAAAUCGCGCCCUUUCCUCCGUGCUCAGCCACUGCUCCGCCGUCCAUCAAAUCAACCGUGUCUUCCAUAUCCGCCGUCGCGUCGCCUAG